AAACCCCGGAAAUGUCCCUUAAAGAGACAGGAGGAAUUCCAGGCGAAGGUUUACAACAAGGAAAACAGCUGCGAAUACGCACACAAAACUAGAAGACAGGUAUAUAAAGGAAAGCUCGCAGCUUCGUAAGAUAACAGUUGAGUUGUCUGAGAAGACGAGACGGAUACUGUCCGAGUAUUUUCAGCCGUCAUCUCGGCGGCUCAGACGGCUAACUUCUGGCUUCGAUUUUCAAGUGGCAACGUUAACGUUGCAGCCAGUACGACACAGAUAACAAAAAGGCCAAACUCCGGGACGCCAGGAAUGCGUCAGUCUUGACUGUCUGGCUGUGGUUCGUUUCCAGCGUCCAGCUUUAUUUAGGAGGACGAAGGAAACGAAGAAACCAGUGAGUCAAGAGAGGGAGGGUGAAGGCAGCCUGACCCAGCAGAAGAGGACAGUGUUGCCUACCCUGACCUAAAGUAAAGGAAGGAAGGAGACUAACCUCAUAUUUGUGACAGGGGUCUCUGGGUGGAAUGACCCAGCCAUGAUGCCACAGCCGUGUCCCACCUCACACCCAGGUAACCAAGGACGGUUCACCUGGCUAUCAGUCAGUCAUAGAGGGAGUGGCAACAGAAUUACUGCCAACUUGGAUUCAGAGACGCUUCCGUUUAAGAACCCUCUGCCGUACUGACACUCUGACACUUGGUGGUGUGAGUGCCUGUGCCAUUGAUCUUUGAACCCGUUUCCUGUUCCCUAAUUAUCUGCUGUAUGAUGUUGGCAUCAUUUCACGCCAGCUUCUAGAAAGAUGGAUGAAUUCCAUGAAUAGCUUAUUUAGACACAUCUUUCUGAUGUUGUGCCAGAGAAGACCCUUCAACACACUUGCACAGAGGUGGUGUGUGGCUCAUCUUGUUUCACACACUUUGAUGUCAUCAUAGUCAUACCUUUAGGACAUCGCCUUUUCCGUGGAACAUCUGGGUCUGCCUCCUGGUAUUUUUGAGGACCGACUUGACCUUGUUCCUCAAAAGUCAAGACUCUUGCAGCAGCAGAAUCAUGCGGCACAUUCACGUGGAGUUGGCCCAGAAAAAGGCUCAACUAGAGCUUCCAGCACAGGAGGGGGACCUGCCGCCAUCUGCAACCCCAACAGUGGGACUAGAUCCUGGCCUUAGAGCAGGGCCGCCCAGGCGCUUUGGCCAAGAAGAGUUGCGGCUGCAAAAGGUUUACCAGCUCUCCAUUUUCUCUCAGAUGGGAGGAUUUUCUGCCUCCACUGGAUCCCACUCUGAAGCCCAUCAAAGACCAUUUCGGGCUGGUUGCAAAAGAGGGUUGGAAGACCCUCAGCUGACUCACAAGCGUUCGCACCUGGAAGACACAUCAGACAAUGAGGUUAUGGAAGGAGGUGUAAUAUGUGAGUCUGCCCUUGGUGAAGCCAAUGGGAAUGGGUCUGUAACUGGGAAUGGCGGGCCUGUUCCUCCAUACUCUUGCAUGCAUUUGGAGCGUAGAGACUGUGAAGGUGGACUGUCACCUAGGUCACCACCGCUCUCCCCAAGCCAAACUCCCUCCCGGCGUCCAGCUCAGCACAAUCACGAUAGACCCAUUCCUGAUGCAUUUGUUCCACUCGUGCCCAAAUCGCCCCCAAUGUGCGACCCACAUGGGCAUAUCUGUGACCAGGGACACUCCAACGGAAACUCAGCAAGGACAGAAACAACUAAUGGGGUCCGCACACCAGCCCACUUGUUAGGUGGCCCUGGACAUGAUGGCUGUAAUAAUGGCUCAUCUGGAGGCCAGCUCAGCCCCCUCUUAUAUGAAAUGUCUACAUAUGAAACUCCUAAUCCUGCCAGCCCCACAAGUCCACCUGGUCCUUUCUCCCCUCCACACCAUACAGAGAUGCAGGAACCAGGGGAAGCUACUGAAUGGGACAUUGGUCUUGAAUCCUCUCCACCUGAGCGAAGUGCUACCCAACAGGCCACUUCGUCAAAUGGUCUGGCUUCCUGGGAGAAAACUCCAAGCAGUAAUGGACUUCGUCUAUUCUCUGGAGGCCACUGGCCGGCCAAAAAGAGACUGCUCUCCCCAAGCGAUACAGCAGACUCGUGCUCUGAAGAUGAGGGACCUUCUACAUCUAAAAGAAGCAGGCUGUCUUUGCUAACUUCAGGAGUGGGUAUGGUCUCAUGUCGCAGCACUGAUGCUAAAGCUGCGCCAUACUGGAACCACCUGCUGCCAUGUAUACGAGACCGACCUAAGAUUGCCGUAGACUGCACCAGAUCUGGGAGACAACUAAAGACUGGGUUGCGCUUAAAAAGUCGCCAGCUGCGCAGCAGCAGGCAGACCGACACUGGCCGAGCCACACGUUGGCCCUCGUCUUCCAUCAGUAGAUCGCUGCUCGGCAACUUUGAGGAGUCCAUAUUGAAGGGAAGAUUCUCCCCAUCUGGGCAGAUUGAAGGCUUCACAGCAGAGAUCGGUGCCAGUGGCUCCUACUGCCCGCAGCACGUCACGCUGCCUGUGCAGGUCACGUACUACGACAUUUCGGAGCAUAGCGCACCCUCACCCUUCCUGGGUGUGAUAUCACUCGAGCCUCUUGGAAAAAAAGGAUACAGCAUACCCAAAGCAGGGACCAUUCAAGUGACCUUAUUUAAUCCCAACAAAACUGUGGUGAAGAUGUUCCUGGUGACUUACAACUUUGGAGACAUGCCAGUCAAUCACAUGACCUUCCUGCGUCACCGUAUCUUUCUGGUGCCAGUGGAGGAGGGUACUGAGGAAAAAGAUGAGGCAUCUCCAGGAGGUGCAGUGCUCGACAGAAAGAGGAUUCUUUGCUACUUGAUACAUCUCAGAUUCCAGAGCUCCAAAUCUGGAAAAAUUUACUUGCACAACGAUAUCCGGCUGCUAUUUUCCCGUAAAUCCAUUGAAGUAGAUACAGGGAUCCCGUAUGAGCUGAAAUCUUUCACCGAGGUGCCAAGAAACCCUAAAUACUCUCCCCGUAUGUGAUCCCCAGCCUGACCCUUUGCAGUUUCCCUAAUUUUAAAAACAGAGCUCUUCUGUUGUUUCCUUAAAAAUGACUGACUGCAAGAAUGAUGGACACAAAACUUGAUGAAGACUGGAGGAAGUGCUCCUCAAGCACACUUAGACACAUACAGUGUUGCUCUUUGGAAAAGUCCCUCGUUUUUUCCUGUGAUAUACUUUAAAUUUAGAGACAGUUUCAAAAUGUCGCAAAAAAUAAACAUGGCAGAUCUUCUUGUCAUCUAGUCACUUGAAAAUAUGAAAAACAUUGAAAGUCAGCGCAGGGACUGAAGAGCAAGCAUACAAGCAAAAGCAGGACAUUUUCAUUGCCUUCAUCUGUACGACGAAAGGAAUGCACAGAUUCUGACACACACCAAAAUGGACUAGUGCAUAUCACAGACUAAAAGCUUUUGGUGGCAACUCGAGUGUUAACAUGCAUGCCUUGUGACUUAAACGCCUGAAUUUUCCUUUAUUGCUGUUUCACACUGUCCUUCAUUCUGCCUGCAACAUCAGCUGCCUCAUUGGACCAACAAUUGUAGUUCUGCAACUUUAGAUUGGAAAUGAAAAAAGGCCCUAAAUGAUAAACACGUCUGUAACUGUUGGGUGUGAAGCACUUUUACACCUCUCUGAUGAUAGAGAGACAAACACUAGUGAAGUAAUAGAGACUGCUCACUUUAACUGAUGUUUAAAUUGAUAAAAAAAACCAUUGAAUUCAUUUGUUCAAACUCAGGAUUUCUUUAGAAAACUCAAAAUACAUCCUCUUUUGCUGUUUAACCUUGUUAAGGUACAGAACACUGUGUACACACUGUCAUUUAGAAAAAGGAAUCAAUUUCUUAUAUGUAGCCAGACUGAGGGACAUUGUGGUGUUUUCUUUUAUUUUUCUUAGAUUGUGUUGAGAACAUUUGGAUGUUAGCGCAGAUAUUUAGGGGAAGCAUUAUUGGCAUGUUUUGGUGAUUGGAUAUACUCAUCAGAACUGAGUAAUGAAAAACAAAACAAAAUGUUAAUUACCCAUAAAUAUAAAGUAUUAAAUUGAAAUGCAAACCAGUUUUACUUUUUUGUAGUCAAAAUGUUUAAGAAACAAAUAUAAAUUUGGUUUGAUGUUCUUUUUCACAUUUAAAAUUAUAAACAAAAUCGCUGGCAAAGGUGAAUAUCAAAUUGACCUGUGCUUUUCUUUUAUGUACAAUGCAGUAUACAUUGCAAACAUUGCAUUCUGUGACUAUAGGAGGCACUGUUUCUUCUGCACGAUAGUGUGGCCAAGUUUAGAUGAACAAUAACAAAUAAAUAAAAUGGAUAUGUAAAUUUUGGACAAGGAUAAGUAUUUAAUUUUUGAAGGGAUAUCAUGGGGUGGAGCAUUUUUUAUUACUAGUUUCUGAUGAGAAAACCCAAUUACAUAAACAUGCAAACUUAAAAAAACACAAGCUGUAGUAUUUUUAAUUUAAGUUUUCAAAAAUGUCUUAAUGAGCAAUAUGCUGCACAAAAUAAAGCGUGUUUUCAGCGUGGUCAAGCUUUUUGUUUGGAAGGGUAAAAAAUGAAAAAGAAUUGAGAGGGAGGGAAGCAAGGAAAGUGGGGUAUUUAACAUGAGGGGGGAAAGUAUGUCUAUUUAAAAUAAUAAACUCUGAGACUGGUGUGUAAACCCAA